AUGGAAACGUUUUUAGAAUGUGAAAGUAUUCCCAUUCAUUCCUCGGUUUUCCAGCAUCCUUUUAUAUCCAGAAGAGGUAUAAGUGACAGCUUUCAUAUCGAGAGCAAUGGGAAGAACACAGAACUAGAAAUUAGUGAUAAUUUGUUGUUAUCUAAAGCUACUUUUACAUGCUUGCCAUCCCUGGGAGAAAGCAGCAUUUCAGCUUCUGGGCUUGGUAGAUAUGCAUUGGUUGAUCAAGUCGUUAACACUGAAGAUGAGUACCAAUAUAAGCCAUGUGGAUCCUUAGUAGACAAUAGUUUGUCAAACAUUAAUACCACUUUAAGGAGGACUCGUGUUAUUAAACAUAAGCCCAGUGCAAUCACCUUCCCUGAUAUUUCAUUGGAAACGAAGAUAUGUGAGAUUCUGGAUGAUGAAACCACAGAGGGAAAACUCAGUAUUGACGAGGAAGUCUCUGCUGAUGAUGACGACGACGUGUUCACAGAUUUACCAACCUAUCAUCUUAAAUUCACUGGAAUUAAACGGAGGAGAUCGCAUCCUAGAAAUCGGAAUGGUAAUCACCUACCUGGCCAAGGGGAUCAAUUGCUUGGGAACAUACAAUGUGAGAAUGACAUGGCUGAGGAGGAAAGGAAAAGAAAGAAGCUCACGGAAGAAAGAUCCCAGUGGAAUAAAUCUAUGAUCUCGCUGAUGAUGAAGCUGGAACAGCUCAACGUUGACAUCGAAGAUGCAAUCACUGCAACUGCUUCUUUUUCACAUGUUACCUUCUCUGAUGUUCCCAAAGAAAUGAUCGUAGUCUUUAGUCCAAUGGAAUUUGCUAUAUCAUGA